GCCUUAAAAUAACCCCGUGGGUGACAACACCUUAAAGACUUCUUCACCGCCUAAAGAAUUGGGAAGUUAAAAAACAAGAAAAGAAAUGAAGGCUCUGAGCGAUCGAAAGAAUUGGAGUUAGAAUCCAAACAUCAGAUUCCGCCGUCAGACCCUAAUUCCUGGUUUUCUCCAAGUUUUCUCUGUGUAUGAUGUUGGGAAUUGUAUGCUAUAUUUUGUUCUGGGGUUAGAUCAUUCAAAGCUAGAGCCAUAAAGUGAGAAGAACACCGUGCAAAGGGGUGAUUACUUUAAAGCCUGUAACACAGGAUUGUAUAUUAGAACCACAAAAUGAUUGAUUUUUAUAUUUCUGUGGAGAACUGGUCCUUGAUUCCUGGGAGGAAAACAAAUUUAGUGGAAAUUGAAGAACAGUUGGUGCUACUGAGUUUAGUGGGAGUUGAAAUACGCACACCUUGAAUUUCAUCCUGCCCAAGAGUGUUUCCCCAUAUAUAAAUUGAAUGGCUGGUGCAGUAGAACCUGCGAGUUUAGGGAUGGAAGGAAUUCCAGGCCCAGUGAUGGAGGACUCUUCUGAUGAUACUGGCAUGUGUGAUGAAAUUCCAGUUGAUCGGAUCAGCGAUCUACGGGAAGAGAUUAUUUCCCACAUUCUUUCGUUCCUUCCCGCAGAAUCUGCUGUCGCAACAGGUCUUUUGUCCAAAAAAUGGAGACUUCAUUGGACCAAGGUAACCAGCUUUCAUUUUGAUGAUCGGUGGUGGCUUGAGAAGGGGAUAUCCUAUUAUGAGAAGCUUGGUGGUAGCACGAACUUCGUUGACUUUGUUAACAUGGUUUUGCUACUUCAGAAUCGUGAGGUCUCCAUGAACUGUUUCAGGCUCUCUGUGAGUGACCCCGAAUUCCCAUUUGUUUAUCUUAAGAUCUGGAUCACUACUGCAAUGGCUCGAAAUAUUCGCGUGCUUGAGUUGUGUAUGGUGCCAGACACUGAAUAUGAUGAUCCCGAUUAUCCUGGUGGAUAUGCUGUUGACCAUGAAGUCUAUAAUGACUAUGAGAUUUACCUACCAUUUCCUCUCUACUCUUGUGGGACACUUGAGGUGCUCAAAUUAUACGGGCCUAUUUUCACUUGGGUUCCCCAUGUGGUUUGCCUUCCAAGACUUACUCUUCUGCAACUACAUUCUAUUCACUAUGAAUCGAAUGAGUCCUUUCAUAAGCUUAUAUCUGGUUGUCCAAAGCUCGAAUCUCUCAUAAUUUACAGGUGUCACAAUGAUGACAUUUAUGAUGGCAUCUUAGAUUUUUCAAUUUCUUCCCCAGUAGUAAAAACUCUCAAGUAUUACCAUGAUUUCUCUAUGUGUGAAGCAUGUGAUACUAAUAUUGCUCCUGAUUUCAAGCUGCAAAUUGAUACUCCUGCACUUGAGUACCUCUCUUUGGAGGAUACUAUGUCGAAGGAAAUAAUUGCUGUGCAAGAGUUGGCGUCUUUGAAGGAAGUGGAGGCAAUUAAAGCCUUUUAUACUUCACCUGGAUCGAUUGUAGCGUUAUUUCAAGCUUUUUAUCAUGUGAAGAUUCUGGAUGUAUCAGGUGAAAUAAUGGAGACUCUGAUGGAAGCCAACAAGAAAUGGUCGGCUAGUUUUCAGAGACUAAUCAAAUUAACUGUUGAAAUUGGGCAUUCUCAAUGGAGUUGUCUGAUAGAUUUGAUUAAUUGUUGCCCCACAUUAGAGUUUCUUCAUGUUUCCACUUACCUUGAUUCUGGCUCAGCUAACCGCAAUUGUGAGAGGGGUCCCAUUAUUGUCCCGCAAUGCUUUUCAUCUAGUCUCACACAUGUUUCGUAUACAGGAAUCAGGGAUCUUGAGGAUGAUGAUUUGACUAUUUUCAAGUUUAUUGUAAACAAUGCAUUAGUGUUGAAAAGGGUUCGUGUACGCACUACUUCAUCUCUUGAUCUCGGCAAAAAAAUUGGUUUACUGGAGAAGAUUUUAGUGCACUGCAGAUUGUCUCCGACUUGCAACAUCUCACUCAGAGUUGAUUCUUUUGAGAUGGAUUCAAUGAAUGUCUAGGUACGUCAUGAGCUGGUCAGGAACUUGGUGACUUUUAGUGCACAUUUUGGCGAGUGUUAUGGGAAGAGUGACUCCUGAUGCUAGUGGUUAUACUGAUUUUAGCACACAAGAAGUGGAAGAUGAAAUCUGGUGCUCGUGUACUUGGUGAAGCGACUUCGACACCGUCAACUGCAUCUAGCUGUAUUUUGGCAAAGCUUGAGACUUUACUAGAGGGCAAUAAGAAUUGUUGGCCAGACUUCAGAUUCUUGAUUGUUGAAGAGGAUGUUCUUAGUCCUUCUGCAUCUAUACGCAGCUGUAGGCCUUUUUUUUGUUAUUUUAGUGUCUUGAAAACUUGUCUCAACUGUUCAUUUCUACCUGCUGUGUGAAUUCUAUUAAGUUGUUUGAUUAGCAGAAAACCUUUCUCUUAAUUUUUCGAUUCCAGUAUGAUGUUUGUGAUCAUAA